CGUAGCCUGCGGUGUGAACGCGGCGGCGCAGCGGCUCCUUUAAGUCUCCGGCACCGCCCCCCCGCCCCGCCCCCGGCGCGGCUUGGGUCUGGUUGGCGGUGGGGUCCGGUCUGCUCCGACCGCGAUGGAGCUGCACAUCCUAGAGCACCGGGUGCGGGUGCUGAGCCUCGCCCGCCCGGGUCUCUGGCUCUACACCCACCCUCUCAUCAAGCUGCUAUUCCUGCCCCGCCGAAACCGGUGCAAGUUCUUCAGCCUGACGGAGACUCCCGAGGAUUACACGCUCAUGGUGGACGAGGAGGGCUUCAAAGAACUGCCCCCAUCUGAGUUCCUGCAAGUGGCUGAGGCCACAUGGCUGGUGAUGAAUGUGUCAUCCCACAGCGGCACAGCAGUGCAAGCUGCCGGGGUCACCAAAAUUGCCCGCUCAGUCAUUGCACCACUGGCGGAACACCAUGUGUCUGUGCUGAUGCUGUCCACUUACCAGACAGACUUCAUCCUGGUGCGGGAGCAGGACCUGUCCCUGGUGAUCCACACACUGGCCCAGGAGUUCGACAUUUACCGAGAGGUGGGCGGGGAGCCUGUACCUGUUGCCAGGGAUGAUUCCAGCAAUGGCUUUCCCCGCACUCAGCAUGGGCCUAGCCCAACAGUGCAUCCCAUCCAGAGCCCGCAGAACCGCUUUUGUGUCCUCACGCUGGACCCUGAGACACUGCCAGCCAUCGCCACCACCCUUAUCGAUGUCCUCUUCUACUCCCACAGUGCCCCCAAAGAGGCAGCCCCUGGAGAUCCUGGACCCAGCUCCAUCACGUUUUUUGCCUUCUCCCUCAUUGAGGGCUAUAUCUCCAUCGUCAUGGAUGCCGAGACGCAGAAAAAGUUCCCCAGUGAUCUCCUGCUGACCAGCUCCUCAGGAGAGCUGUGGAGGAUGGUGCGCAUCGGAGGACAGCCCCUGGGUUUUGAUGAAUGUGGGAUUGUGGCCCAGAUUGCGGGUCCCCUGGCUGCAGCUGACAUCUCUGCCUACUACAUCAGCACCUUCAACUUUGACCAUGCUCUGGUCCCCGAGGACGGCAUCGGCAAUGUCAUCGAGGUCCUCCAGCGACGGCAGGAGGGCCUGGGCUCCUGAGGCCCAACAGGAACAGCAGCCUCUGUGCCCUCCACUUGCUCCCAGGCUUCCAGAGACUUCUCUAAGCUAUUUCCUUAAGCUCUGGGAUGAGUCCACUUUCCUCUCCUCCUCCCUCCCCCAUUUGUGCAGGGGGACCCCUCCUUCUGUUCUCUGUAUGUAAGCUGUGUGCAGGCACCGGCUCUCAUGUGGACACACGUGUCUGCCCACAUAGAGGAACACGGUGCUCAGGGCUUCCACAGGGAAGCCCUCAACCCAUCAUUCUUUGGCGGCCUCGGCGUUUGCACAUUCCCUGCCUGAGGCCCGAGCCAUCCCCGCUCUUAGCGCCCUGUGCCAGCUGCUCCCUGGACAGGGCCCUAAUUUCCGUUCUGCCUCUGGCUGUGUUGCCUUCCCUGGUCCGGUGAGUUCUGACAGUGCCUCCACGUCCUGGGGUCUCCAAGAAAAAUAUUUUUUACAUCUCUCUCUCUCUCCUUUUUUUUUUUUUUAAAUCAACUUGUUAAUAAAGGGCUUGUAGUGAC